UUUCAAUUUCCAUUCCUUUUCAUGUAUGCUUUUGAUCGUGGUAGGAAAAAAAGGAAAGGGUUUCUCUCAGAUCAUUUAUUUCUGUUGAUUUUCUGCAAUUUCCAUCAAUUCAAAUCUGGUUUCUUCUUCUGUAGAUCUCAUGUAAUCAUACCCCGGAACAAAACGUAACCUUUGAAGUAUAUUCUGUCAGAUUGAUUUGAUCUGUUCUUCUUUUCUCUGUUACAUUAGAUUUUCAUUUCUGGGUUUUCUUACUUUUUGCAUUGAUUUAGUUUGGAAAUCGCUUCUGUGCAGGUUUUUGUAAUCUUGUGUUCUUGGGUUUUGAUUUGGGUCUUGAAACCUUCGAGUUUUUUUCUUUUUUGGGGGUCGAACGGUGGGAAAAAAAAUGUUGUCUAGAUCUUAUACGAAUCUUUUAGAUCUGGCGUCGGGGAAUUUCCCUGUGAUGAGCCGUGUUGGAAGGGCCCGUCUUCCCCGCGUGAUGACCGUCCCUGGUAUUGUCUCCGAGCUUGACGACGAUCAGGCCUAUAGCGUCUCGUCAGACGUCCCGUCCUCAAUCGUGCAGGAUCGUAUUAUCAUCGUCGCCAAUCAGCUUCCUGUGAAGGCCAAGCGACGGCCUGACAACAAGGGCUGGAGUUUCAGUUGGGAUGAGGAUUCUCUGCUUCUGCAGUUGAAAGACGGAUUGCCAGAGGAAAUGGAGGUGAUCUACAUCGGCUCUUUGAGGGUUGAUGUCGACGUGAAUGAGCAGGACGAUGUGUCGCAGACUCUGUUGGAGAGGUUCAAAUGUGUUCCAGCCUUCCUGCCACCUGAUAUUCUGGCGAAGUUCUACCAUGGGUUCUGCAAGCAGCAGCUGUGGCCACUGUUCCAUUACAUGCUGCCUUUCUCGGCCGAUCAUGGGGGCCGGUUUGAUCGGUCUUUGUGGGAGGCCUAUGUUUCUGCCAACAAGUUCUUUGCGCAGAAGGUGAUCGAGGUUAUAAACCCGGAAGAUGAUUAUGUCUGGAUCCAUGACUACCAUCUGAUGGUGCUGCCAACCUUCUUGAGACGGCGUUUUAACCGGCUGAGGAUGGGCUUCUUUCUACAUAGCCCAUUCCCAUCUUCUGAGAUCUAUCGGACUCUUCCCGUUAGAGAAGAGAUCCUCAAGGCCCUUCUGAAUUCAGACCUGAUUGGUUUCCACACAUUUGAUUACGCCAGGCAUUUCCUUUCUUGUUGCAGCAGAAUGUUGGGUUUGGAGUAUCAAUCGAAGAGGGGUUACAUUGGAUUGGAAUAUUAUGGACGGACGGUUGGGAUUAAGAUCAUGCCUGUUGGGAUUCACAUGGGUCAGAUAGAAUCAGUGCUUCAUCACGCAGAUAAGGAGUGGAGAGUAGGAGAGCUUAGACAGCAGUUUGAGGGGAAGGUGGUUUUGCUUGGCGUUGAUGACAUGGAUAUAUUUAAAGGGAUAAAUCUGAAGCUGUUGGCUAUGGAGCAGAUGCUCAAGCAACAUCCUAAAUGGCAGGGACGGGCGGUUUUGGUUCAGAUUGUAAAUCCUGCAAGGGGUAGAGGGAGAGAUAUUGAGGAUAUAGAAACUGAAAUACGGGCAAGUUGCAAUAGGAUCAACGAAGUAUUUGGACAGCCUGGUUAUGAACCGGUGGUUUUCAUUGACCAGCCUGUUUCAAUCAGUGAUAGGAUUGCAUUCUAUACAAUUGCAGAAUGUGUUGUUGUUACGGCUGUCAGAGAUGGCAUGAACCUUACACCAUAUGAGUAUGUUGUCUGUAGGCAAGGAAUCUCUGGAUCUGAAUCGGGAUCUGAUGCAAGUGGCCCCAAAAAGAGCAUGUUAGUGGUGUCAGAAUUCAUUGGGUGUUCUCCUUCACUCAGUGGUGCAAUCCGAGUCAACCCGUGGAAUGUCGAAGCGACUGCAGAGGCGAUGAAUGAGGCAAUCUCAAUGGCCGAUCCCGAGAAACAGUUGCGACAUGAGAAGCACUACAGAUACGUGAGCACCCAUGAUGUGGCUUACUGGUCACGGAGUUUCUUGCAAGACAUGGAGAGAACUUGCAAAGACCAUUUCAGGAGAAGAUGUUGGGGAAUUGGAUUGAGCUUCGGUUUCAGAGUUGUGGCACUUGAUCCUAAUUUCAGGAAGCUGAAUAUAGACACCAUUGUCUCGGCAUAUGAAAGGGCCAAGAAUAGGGUGAUAUUGUUGGAUUAUGAUGGCACUUUGAUGCCCAAAACCUCUAUCAACAAAACCCCGGGCCUGGAAGUUUUAUCAAUCCUGAAUACCCUCUGUGGCGAUUCGAAAAAUGUUGUUUUCAUUGUCAGUGGAAGAGGGAGGGAAAGCUUAAGCAAGUGGUUUUCUCCAUGUGAAAAGCUAGGAAUUGCAGCAGAGCAUGGCUACUUCUUGAGGUGGACGAGGGACCAGGAAUGGGAAACCUGUGGCCAGAGUACUGAUUUUGGUUGGAUACAAAUUGCCGAGCCUGUGACGAAACAGUAUACAGAAGCUACUGAUGGUUCUUCUAUUGAAAUCAAAGAGAGUGCAUUGGUUUGGCACCAUCAGGAUGCAGACCCAGGCUUUGGAUCCUGCCAGGCAAAGGAAUUGUUAGACCAUCUGGAGAGCGUACUAGCAAAUGAACCUGUUGCUGUGAAGAGUGGUCAGUACAUUGUAGAAGUGAAGCCUCAGGGAGUCAGCAAAGGCCUAGUUGCAGAAAAGAUCCUGUCGUCAAUUAGAGAAAACGGGAGGCAAUCUGACUUUGUGCUGUGUGUUGGCGAUGACAGAUCCGAUGAGGACAUGUUCGAAGGCAUCAGCGCAAUGGCAAGGGAUGCCCUCCCCUCUACAUCAGUGUUUGCUUGCACGGUUGGGCAGAAGCCAAGCAAAGCCAAAUAUUAUUUGGAUGAUGCAGGAGAUGUCGUAACAAUGCUACAUUCUCUUGCCGAAGCCUCUGACCAAUCAACCUCGCCUCAAACUGAUAAUUCUCCUUGAAAUUCUCCUCCAUCAAGCACAUUCACAGGAAGAGCCUCUCCUGCAGGUGUUUGAACCCCCCCAUGAAAGAAAAGCAAAGCCUUCCAUUGAUCAGGCAGAUGGAAACAGAGAAUUGUUCUGCAUUGACUCAGACAGCUAGAGGAGGGUAGCCGCAGUUACUGGAUUUUAUUCAUUGACUGACUUGGGACUGAAAAGAUGGAUCUGCCUUAUUUUUUGGCUGCAUUGCAAGCAUGUAAGGCAGCUUUUCAGACUUACCAUGCUAGAGGUAUGUAGUAAGGAGAAAUCAGAAGAGACGGUUAGAAAGAAAUCCUUAUUCACAGUGACUGAAGAGGGAGAAGUUGCUGUCCUGUGUUGUCUUUCACUCAUGCCUGAUUGGGGUCACAUCUGUAGCGGAAUUGCAAGAGAAUACGCGGAAGCAGCCAGCACCAGCAACCUAUAAACUGAUAUCUGAUUGUUGAUUAUCCAGUUGAAUGUUUACUGAUAAUACAGUUGCAUUUUUUUUC